AUGUCAAGAAGUGGAAAUGUCGAGGUCGUCGUUGACGUCAGCAGGUGUCUUGACGUCGUCCGGAAGCUCGAGAAGUGUGACGUCAUCGCAGUAGACGCCGAAGGGGUCCAGCUGGGUAAAGAUGGUCCUUUGACUUUACUACAGGUGGGAACCAUUGAUCAUGAUGUCUUUUUAUUUGACAUCCACGUUAACAAGGAUCUGUUUACAAAGGGGAGGCUACAGGACAUACUGACUUCAAACCGAAUCAUUAAGGUGAUGCAUUCCUGCUCUGGUGAUAGUGCUGCCCUGUACUACCAGUUCAACAUCCGACUCCACAACGUGUUUGAUACACAAGUAGCAAACCUAGUAAUAGAGGAGAGGAAGGGGCGAGAACUGGUUCCUUUAAUGAAACUUGAUGAUUUAUGUCAAAAGUAUUCAUCCGUUGCUAAAGUCGCUGAUGAAAAGGACGCGGUUAAAAAUACAUGGGUAAGAGAAAUUGGCGAUCUCUGGGCUAAACGUCCCUUGUCUGACGAAAUGAUACACUAUGCUGCUGGUGAUGUUACAGCUAUUGUGCCGGACGUGUAUAACACAAUGAAAAGGUCCAUUGAAGAAGCUGGAUUGUUAGAUCAAUUCAACAAACGCGUUGAAGAGGAAAUCCUUUACACAUUCGAUGAGAUGAUGAAGGAGCAAAGACGAACGAGGGUAAAGGAAGCCAAAGAUCGUGUUCUGAGAACCGUCGACAAAAGUUAUCCAUCCGAUAUCGCUUUUAAAGAUAUUGAAGAUGAAGACGUAAAAAUGGCGAUCGCACGAGCUCACAUGAAUGACGUUGAAAAGUUAUCUCCUUUUAUCAAUCGAUUGAAACGGGAGAAUAUUGCUCAAAAUCUCGAUGAGUUGGAAGAUAGUUUCGUUUCAGAAGGUGGUAUAUUUGACAUAGUCAACGGACGCUUCAGCAGUUCACUUAAAACAGCAUACAGUUGCAAGGAACCGGCAAUUCAGGACAGAACAAAGAAAUUACAAGCCCGAGUGAUUCAAAUAACAUUAGAUAAUAUCACAAAAAAAUAUGACGUCACUUCCCCAGUGACAUAUCUCUCUAGCCAUGAAAAGGAUAUUUUGAACUGGAUGCGGCCAAACCCGUCAGGAGAACGUGACCCACGGUACAGCAAAGUUGUACUAGCUUUAUAUUGGAAGCUGAUGGAAGCGGAUCUUGAUGCGACCAUUCAGAAAUUGGAGCAAGAAACGCACGCGUUUAGAAUGAAUGAAGGACACUACAAAAAGAUCAAGUUUUAUAUGCACCAGAGAACCCAAGUACCUGCGCCCAUCAAAGUGAAAGCCUUGAAUUUCGUCAGAAGACUUGACAAGACAUUCGGAAGAGGAGUGGUGCCUCGGAAACAAUGA